AUGUCCAUCCUCUCCGACCUCAACUUCGGCCUCUUCACCGCCGGCGCGCCCAACUACUCGCUGCACGCGCUGCCCGUCGUCCUCUUCUUUGCCGCGCUGCCGCACUGGUGGGCCAUUGCGACCGUCGAGCGCCUGCAGCGCGACCCCAAGCACCCCUUCUUCCGCGGCGGCUGGGACAACCAGAACCCGCGCGCCUGGGUCGCGCGCCUCAACGCCCACGUCGCCGCCGGCAAGCGCCUUUCGCCGCUCGAGCAGCGCGUGCUGCGCGCGCAGAGCGCCCAGCAGAACGGCUUUGAGUCCUUCGCACAGAUCGCCGCCGCCAUUCUGGCCGGCAACUUCGCACGCCUGCCCUCGCACGAGCUCAACCGCGUGGCGGCCAUCUACCUCGCGACGCGCCUCGUGUACAACUACCUCUACGUCACCACGGGCAGCAAGUCGUUCAGCUUCGUGCGCACCAUUGUGUUCAACACCGGCACCUUCGUGCUCGUCCGCCUGCUCUUCCGCGCCGGCAACGCGCUGCGCUACGCGGCCUAG